UAUGAGGUUUAAAGAUGGCUGUUUCAAGUAAAGUAGGAAGUGUUUUUGAUUGUCCAAUUUGUUUAGAAAAAUUAAGGGAACCACAAUACCUACCUUGUCUGCAUACGUUUUGUGAAUUGUGUAUACAAUCAUUUAUUGAUUCAUCAAUAUCGGACUGUGUUAUAAACCAUAAGACAAUAUCGUUCGAUUGUCCAGUGUGUCGACGUGUCAAUUCUGCACCAGCUCAAAACAUAUCAGCCAAAGAAUGGGCAAAACAGUUGCCGAUAAACCACCAGCUUUUGGCCAUUAUUGAUUCGAAUCAGAAAGAUAUCAUUUCAGUACGUGAAGAUUUAUGUGAUUCUUGUAUACGAAAUGGUGAGCAGAUUAUCGCAAAACUUCGAUGCAAACAAUGUGGCAAUAACCUAUGCAAGACUUGCUGUAAGUUUAUUCACGAAAGGGUGAAGACAUUUGCAUCACAUUCGAUUGUUGAAUUAGGAGCAGCAAAUACAAAAGUCGAUCCAAAAGACGAGCCCGGAAAUUGCGUAGUUCAUAUAGAUAAACCAAUAGAAUUGUAUUGCUUUGAUCACGAACAACUUGGUUGCUGCUUCUGUUUGACCACAGUGCACAAAGAGUGCAAAAUUGUGCUAUCGUUGGAUGAAAUUGCCGAUAAUGAUUUAGAAAACGUUGCGAAGAGUUUUAUUAAAGAAACAAAACAUAUGAGUGAUUUGACCGCAAUGACUAUUCAAGACACAAAGAAAUAUAUAACAGAAAUCAAUCACCAAAAAAUCGAAAUUCUUAAAAACGUUGAAAAAAACAUCGAACACAUAAAACAACGACUAGAUUCCUUACAUUCUGAUUUUAAGCAUUCUUUGAGAAGUUCCUACGAAAAGGAAACAUCUGAUUUGACUAUUAUGCUGAAAACACUAGAAGAUUUUAAUGCAACUCUCGCAAAAAGACAGAACAUUGUAUAUUCUGUUAUUGAAAAGGGAGACAGGAAAAACAUGCUUAUUGCUACGGAAAAAAAUAAAAAGCAAAUAGCUGACCACUUAAGAAACAUGAAAAAUACAGGAAAGCAAAUGAAGAGAUCAUUGAUUAAAUGGACGGUAGCUGAUGCAGUAAACAGAUUGAAUACUUUGAAAAAACUAGGUGAAUUUGAGUACACCAUUGAGAGUUUUGACUUUGUAACACCUAUAUGCGAUGCCAUAGAGAAUGUUCGACUUAACCCCAAAUCAGGUAUUUCAUAUUUAUCUGCUCUUAUCUAA